UUGGAUUGGUAUUACUUGAAUGGGAUUUGGUUACACCCCUUCUUCUCCUGUAUAAAAGAUGGUCUUGUUUAUUUGAAAGAAAGAAGGCAAGCGAUUGGACAAAAUCCUGACAACAAUUACAAUCCUUCUUUCUGGACCUUUGUUUAAGGUAGUUGGAGGAAGUUGAUGUUUUGGGUUAAUCUUCACGGAAAAACUUGGUUUGUUGUCAUAGGAAGCCCAUGAUAUUUCAACUGCUUCCGUGACUGCUGAACCAAUUCUGUCACGUCAAAGUUGGUUUUCUUAACGUCCGUGAAAUCAGUUUUGAUAUCCAUAACUUAGAAAGCGAGGGACAGCCAAAGAUACCGUUUGUUGUUUCUUGAAUUGAUAUCCUCAGUGUGGAUUUUGGAGAUGAAUAAUUCUGGUGCAGAAAGUGAUAACCGAGCAGCUAUUGAAGUUACCAAGGACAGGAAUGGAAUAGACCAAGUCGUUCUUCGAAACUUUAGAGGAGCUUCAGCAAGGGUUAGCUUGCAUGGUGGACAAGUUCUUUCGUGGAAAACAGAACGUGGUGAGGAGUUAUUGUUCACUAGUAAUAAGGCAGUCUUUAAUCCUCCCAAACCAGUACGAGGAGGAAUUCCAAUCUGUUUUCCCCAGUUUGGAAACCGUGGAUCACUAGAGCAACAUGGAUUUGCCAGGAACAAGAUAUGGGUCAUUGAUCAAAAUCCUCCACCACUUUCCAGUGAUUCCAAUGGAAAAGUCUAUAUUGACUUGUUGCUCAAACCAUCCGAAGAUGAUAUGAAGAUAUGGGCUCAUAGCUUCGAGUUUCGCCUAAGGAUCUCUUUGGCAGCAGAUGGCAAUCUAACUAUGAUAUCUCGCAUCAGGAAUAUCAAUAGCAAGCCUUUCAGUUUCUCCUUUGCGUAUCAUACUUAUUUCUCCAUCUCUGACAUCAGUGAAGUGAGGGUAGAAGGGUUGGAAACUCUUGACUACCUCGACAACCUAUGCCAGAAGGAACGUUUCACAGAACAAGGAGAUGCUUUGACAUUUGAAUCAGAGGUGGAUCGGGUCUAUCUUGAUUCUUGCAAUGUGGUGGCUGUUCUAGAUCAUGAAAGGAAGCGAACAUUUGUGAUACGAAAGGAAGGACUUCCGGAUGUUGUUGUUUGGAAUCCUUGGGAGAAAAAAUCCAAGUCGGUGGUGGAUUUAGGGGAUGAAGAGUACAAGCAGAUGCUCUGCGUUGAUGGUGCAGCAAUUGAAAAACCAAUCACCUUGAAGCCAGGUGAAGAAUGGACAGGUCGCUUAGAACUCUCUGUUGUCCCUUCUACUUGAUUUGAAGUGACUAUUUGUAUGAAUACUGAAAGCAAAUACUAACAAAAAUAAACCACCAAGCAUUGUUUUUUGGGUUUUC